CACACACAGUCGGUUUUCAAGUUUUUUAUUGAUUGGACACGGAACGAAUUUUAUCUCGUUUUUGUUUCAAAUCUCACAAAAAAAAAUUUUUUUUUAUUAAAAAAUCAAUUAAUACUCAAAAUUAAUUAUUUAAUUUUUUAUUAAUUAUUUUUCUAUAAUUUAAUUUUAAAUUAACAAAAAAAAAAUAAAAAAUUCAAAAAUGAAACAAUUUAUGGUUAUAUUUGUUGCACUCUUUGGAGCCGCUUUGGCCCAAGAUUCAUUCAAAUGUCCAGAUGAUUUUGGUUUCUAUCCACAUUCAGUAUCAUGUGAUAAAUAUUGGAAAUGUGACAAUGGUGUUGCAGAAUUAAAAACAUGUGGUAAUGGUUUAGCAUUUGAUGCUACUGAUGAAAAAUAUUUAUCAGAGAACUGUGAUUAUUUACAUAAUGUUGAUUGUGGUGAUCGUCAAAAAUUAGAGGAACCAAUUUCAACACCACACUGUGAAAGAUUGUAUGGUAUUUUUGCCGAUUCAGCUAAAUGUGAUGUAUUCUGGAAUUGUUGGAAUGGUGAAGCAUCAAGAUAUCAAUGUUCACCUGGAUUAGCAUAUGAUCGUGACGCACGUGUUUGUAUGUGGGCUGAUCAAGUACCAGAAUGUAAAAAUGAAGAAGUAGCAAACGGAUUCACAUGUCCAGCACCAGGUGAAAUUUCAAAUGCUGGUUCAUUCUCAAGACAUGCACAUCCAGAAGAUUGCCGUAAAUAUUACAUUUGUUUAGAAGGUGUUGCACGUGAAUAUGGUUGCCCAAUUGGUACAGUCUUCAAAAUUGGUGAUGCUGAUGGUACUGGUAACUGUGAAGAUCCAGAAGAUGUUCCCGGAUGUGAGGACUACUAUGGUGAUGUUGAUUUGAAAGCGCUUAAACGAUUGGGUUUCUAAAAUGGCCAUCUUUUAUUAACUUAAGACUGACAUGAAAAUUCUUUUCCCCAAAAAUUCUUCCACAUCUUUUAUAUUUGCUCACCAUUUCCGGAAAAUACAGUUUUCCAAAUUUAUUCUAAGCUGAACUAUUUACAACCUUAUUACAAUUCAAUUAGUAAUAAUCCUCCGAAAAAAAAAAAUCGAUAAAGCCAGCAAUUAAGUGAUCAAUCACAAAACCGAAACAAUUUUUUAGCUAGUAAAAGAGUCAAAUUUUUAAAUUUUUUAUUUGUAAUUUUUAAUUUUUUUUUUAAGUGCAUAAUUUUGUGCAUUGAUUUAUUUUGUUUUUUUUUUUAUUUUUAUUAUUUAUUUUCUUAAGUUUUAAUUUUAAUUUUUAUUUUAUAUUUUAAGUUGUAAUAUCAAUAAUUCAUGUAAAUACUUCACAUUAAUAAAUUUGAUAGAAAAAACGAGAUAAA